GUGACUGGGUCACUGGAAACGCAACACUGAGCGCAUGUGUCGUGUAUUAAUCCGCUUACUGCAGCAGAUGCGCGUCUGUCAAUCAAGCAGAGCCGGGCGCGCGCGAACUUGAGAGCACGAGAGAAAGAACGCAGCAGGUGCGCGCGGGAGUCCAAACAACCGUCAAAAAAGAAGUAAAUAAAUGUUAUUUUACUCGUCAUGAAAGUGGUAUCGACAAAAUCGUGUUAAUUUACCGGGAAACGUAAUGCCAUUGCUGGAUGAGACUGAACCUGUGAAUAAAGACUGCGGCGCGCCACCGGUUCCGCCGAGAGCGACUCUUCACCGUACUGACGCGCCGGCGCCCGUCGUACCUGUGCGCGAGGUCAAGUGUGUACUGGUCGGGGAUGGCGCGGUCGGUAAAACCAGUUUGAUCAUCAGCUACACAACUAACGGAUACCCGGCUGAACACAUUCCUACUGCAUAUGAUCGCUUCACAGCUAAGGUUGUAGUGGAUGGGAGACCUGUUCAACUUCAGCUGUGUGACAUGGCAGGACAGGAUGAGUUUGAUCGCCUCCGUCCGCUCUGUUACCACAACGCUGAUGUCUUCUUGCUGUGCUACAGCGUCAUUCUUCCAGUCUCCUUUAAGAACGUCAUGGACCACUGGGCUCCAGAAGUCCAUCGCCUGUGUCCGGGCAUCCCCGUGAUUCUCGUGGGCACCCAGUGUGAUUUACGUGAGGAUGUGCAGGUACUGAUCCGACUGGCAGACAGGCAGGAGAAACCCGUCAGCGAGGACGAAGGCCGUUUGUGCGCCCGUAGCAUCGGCGCAGUGACGUUUGCAGAAUGCUCGGCGCUGACGCAGAAGAACCUGAAGGAAGUGUUCGAUGCGGCCAUCGUGGUGAGCAUGCAGCAGGAGGGGGCGUGGCUAAGGAGACAGACAUUUAGAGACAAAACACCAGAUAAAAUCAAGCAGCUGUCAGAAACGUGGUGGAGAAAGUUGAGCUGUUUAGUUUAAAAACAGGUUUCUGCUGGGUUGUUAAAAGAUUACAAGACA